GGAUGACGGGUCAGCUGCAGGAGCCAAUCAGGUUGCAGAUGAUCUGUCCCAGGAAAUGCGCGCUGCUGUCGGCUGACAGGGCUCUAGGGCUGCGGGGCCACAGCAGUAACUAAUGGCAACCAUGGCAGCAAAUGUCCCAGCACCAAUUUGACCCAAGUGUUGACUAUCCAAGGAGCAAGGUAUUUCAAGAAUCAUCAGAGAUAUUAAAGGGGAUCGGCCACCAUGAGCUUCUUUGCUGACUCUGUAUUGAUGGUUAUCUCCCAGCUGCUGUUUUUUGGCUUUGGGUGGCUGUUUUUCAUGCGGCAGCUGUUUAAGGACUAUGAGGUCCGUCAGUAUGUUGUGCAGGUCGUAUUCUCAGUCACGUUUGCCUUCUCCUGUACCAUGUUUGAACUUAUCAUCUUUGAGAUUCUGGGACUUUUAAACAGCAGCUCCCGCUACUUUCACUGGAAGCUGAACUUGUGUGUCAUCUUACUGGUCCUGGUGUUUGUGGUGCCUUUCUACAUUGGCUACUUUGUAGUGAGCAAUAUUCGACUGUUGCAUCGGCAGCGGCUGCUUUUCUCCUGCACAAUAUGGCUGACAUUCAUGUAUUUCUUUUGGAAACUGGGGGAUCCAUUUCCCAUCCUGAGCCCAAAGCACGGAAUACUCUCCAUAGAGCAGCUGAUCAGCAGGGUGGGAGUCAUCGGAGUGACCUUAAUGGCCCUGUUGUCUGGUUUUGGUGCGGUCAAUUGCCCCUACACCUACAUGUCCUACUUCCUAAGGAAUGUGACUGAUGCCGAUAUCUUGGCACUUGAGAGACGACUGCUGCAAACAAUGGACAUGAUCGUCAGCAAGAAGAAAAGAAUAGCAGCAGUCAGGAGGAACAUGUUUCAGAGGGGAGAGGAACACAGCAAGCCAAGUGGAUUCUGGGGAAUGAUAAAAAGCGUCACCUCAUCAGCACCAGUCAGUGAAAACCUCUAUCAGAUUCAGCAGGAAGUUGAUGCACUAGAGGAGCUGAGUCGGCAGCUUUUCCUGGAGACGGCUGAUCUGCAUGCCACUAAGGAGCGCAUUGAAUACUCUAAAACCUUCCAAGGCAAAUACUUCAACUUCCUGGGUUACUUUUUCUCCAUUUACUGCGUAUGGAAGAUCUUUAUGGCAACGAUUAAUAUUGUGUUUGAUCGGGUCGGGAAGACUGAUCCAGUGACGAGAGGGAUAGAGAUCACUGUGAACUAUCUGGGCAUUCAAUUUGAUGUUAAAUUCUGGUCUCAACAUAUCUCCUUCAUCCUCGUUGGAAUCAUCAUUGUCACUUCUAUCAGAGGCUUACUCAUCACACUCACCAAGUUUUUCUAUGCCAUUUCCAGCAGCAAGUCAUCCAAUGUGAUCGUUCUCCUGCUUGCCCAGAUUAUGGGUAUGUACUUUGUGUCAUCCGUUCUUCUGAUCCGGAUGAGCAUGCCACUCGAAUACCGAACCAUCAUUACAGAGGUCUUAGGGGAACUCCAGUUCAACUUUUAUCAUCGCUGGUUCGAUGUCAUCUUCUUGGUCAGUGCCUUAUCGAGCAUCCUCUUCCUGUACCUGGCACACAAGCAAGCCCCAGAGAAGCACAUGGCCCUAUAGCACGAGGCCAAAUGGAGAUGGAUAGUUGGAAGAGACUUCUGUAGAAGGUUGUUUACAUUUGCAGGUAGCUGGGAAUCAAGAAUCAAUACAGCAGGCAGAGCAGCCCAUUAAUCAGCUUGAGGCAUAUGAAAAGGUAUCUGAUGAGAAACAAACUGGUCCACAAUGGGAUUUCACAGUGUCCACGAAGCCUAAAAAAUGGCAAAGCCUUCAGAGACAAAGCCUUCAAAGAAAGCCUCCAGACAAAGCCUAUGUUUAGCAGAGGCAUUUCUACAGCAAUCAUGUUCUUUUCUGUUCCCAUAAUCAAGCUAUAAAUAGGUAUUAAUGGGUUGCUUUCUAGGGGUUAAAUAAAAGUUGGGAUUGGGAAUCAGAAGAGACUAGAGGCUGUGGAUAUCUUAACAUCCCCCCUUUCACCAUCAAGGGAGCAUUCAAUCAGCAACUGAACAGGCUGUGUGUUACUGAGCACUAGCAUGGGGGAUAAAGACAACAUAUUUAUAAGUAAUAAGUCAUGCUUAUUUGCCACUCCAACUAGAGCCUGCAAACCGCAUUAUAUUUAAGGGGAUCAAAUCAAAUACGCAAAUUGUCUUGUUCUGUACCUUUGAGUUUCUUCCGAAAGGAAAUUAUUUCAACAUUUCACAAUAAAUUUACUGGGAGCCCAAA